AGCAGGAAAAUCUGGGGUAAAAUCACCCAGGUUCUUUCCUGACUACCUCAUUUGCCUUCUCUCCCAGCCAUGCUUCCAGAAUCUUCUGUUCAUUGUCAGCAGCAAGAAAGAAGGAAAAGAUCUCUGAAGGUGGUGUCAUUUGCUGAUGUGGCUGUGGACUUCAGCUGGGAGGAAUGGCAGGACCUAGACAUUGCUCAGAGGACCCUGUACAGAGAUGUUAUGCUGGAGACCUACAGCAACCUGGUGUCCUUGGGGUACUGUGUUCCUAAACCUAAAUUAAUUGUCAAGCUGGAACGAGAACCAUGGAUAGGAGAGGCCUCAGACAAGAAUUUCACAGGUAAGUUAAAGAUUGACAUUUUAUAUUUUAAAGCGUAUACUAAAUAAUGAUUGGUUUGUUCACCUAAUGAACCCCACUAACACACAUUUUCAUAUUCUAUGUGUGCUGAGAAAUCUUAUGACUUACUCUCACUAAAUUC